AUGAUCAACAGUGGUCAGAAAUGGAACAAAAAUGUUAUACAAUAUUGUUUAGGACUCAUUAAAUGUUCCAAAUCUUUGUUAAAAAAGACAAAAUCAGCUGUGAAAACUAACGGAAACUGUGAGAGUGAGGAAUGUAUAUCACAGUUAGACGAUGUGGCAGAUCGGGUGGAGAGAUUAAGUCCAGUAGUGGACGAUCUAGCUUCCUGUGUUUACCCGCCCCUCAAUAGUUCUGUUGUACAUGAAAAGGCGUUAGAACUUGGAAGAGUAAAUAGAGAACUUCUCGACUUUUUAAGACAUAGUCAUGUGACAGGAGAAGAUGAUAAAAAGUGGCUGGACUUCCUGGUGAAAGCUAACUCACAUAACCUUAUAAAACUUACAAGUUUAAUGCCCCUUCUUUAA